AUGUUCACAAUGGAGCAUCCUGCCUACUUGAAGACUGGUCUUCCAGGCUUCCUCACACAGCACGCUGUCGAGGUCCAUGUUACAAAGCACCAUCAGUCCUACAUUGAUACAGCUAACAAGCUUAUCGUUGGCUCUGGCUUCGAAGGCAAGCCAAUUGAAGAAAUCAUCCAAAAGGCUCAGGGCCCACUCUUCAACAACGUUGCCCAGCACUUCAACCACUCCUUCUUCUGGAAGUCCCUCUCCGCUGAGAAGGUUGCUGUUCCAGCUCAUGUUGCUGAGCUCCUCAAGAAGAACUUCGGCUCUGUCGAGAAGUUCCAGGAAACAUUCACAGCUAAGGCUUCAACAGUCUUCGGCUCUGGCUGGGCUUACCUUUACAAGACAAAGGACGGCAAGCUUGAGAUCGGCCAGUACUCCAACGCUGCUAACCCAGUCAAGGAUGGCCUUACACCAAUUCUCACAGUCGAUACAUGGGAACAUGCUUGGUACAUCGACUACGAGAACAGAAAGGCUGAGUACUUCAAGAACUACUGGAACCACGUCAACUGGAACUUUGUUGAGCAGAACUUAAAGGCUGCUGGUUUGUAA